GAAGCAGCAGAUAGAUCAAGCUUCAGCACGAGAAACAUGGCCGGCCGCGGACGAGAGCUCACGCUGCCCGCGUGGAUGAAAAAGCAGCAGCAGGAAACGGGACCUGCGCACCCUCUUCCCCCACCGCGUGGUGCGUAUCCUCCUCCCCACCACCAGCUACAGCCUCCGCGAAUGCCCCCGUCCGCGCCGUCUCAGUUCGCCAAUGCACCGGAGGCUUCAAAUGGCAGCUCCAAGUCCGCAAACCCCGCCGAAGAUCUCCGCCGCAGCUCUCACCGCAGUCGUCGCAGUCGCUCGCGCUCGUCGCACCGCCGUGAUCGCAGCCGCAGCAAAGAGAGACGCUCCUCACGCCAUCGAUCGUCUCGUGAUCGUCGCAGCCGCAGUCGGGAGCGCGAGCACCGUCGCUCCCGCGACCAGUCGGAGCGUCGUUCAGCCAGACGCAGUCGCAGCCGUUCGCGCUCGUCGACGCGCAUCGUUCGUCGCCGCAAGAAAUCUAACUUUGACGUGCGCCCACCCGGAGUCACAGAGAAGAACGCGGCAGCCUACGCUGCCCAAGCCAUUCUGCAGCAGAAUAUGGCUGCACUGUCGGGCUCGGUCGGCGCAUCAUCUUUCGGUCCGCCGCAGACGUCUACGCCUACUGGGAAUGCCCCGCCCGCGUCAUUGCAUACGCAUUCAAACCCGAACCCAGGCUACGGCUUCUCCUCGGGUUUGUCGCAGCAGACGCGUCACGCUCGUCGACUGUACGUUGGCGGCAUCGGCGAGAUCUCCGAGCCAGAGAUCACCGCGUUCUUUAACGAUGUCAUUGACCGAGCGCUGGGCGAGAAGCAGGAAGGAGGCUCCGUGGUGUCCGUGUACAUCAACCGCGAGCGUCACUUUGCUUUUGUUGAACUGCGCUCCAUUGAGCUCACGACGGCUUGUAUGAAUCUGGAUGGUGUGUCGUAUAAUGGACAGCCAUUAAAGAUCCGCCGUCCUAACGAUUAUAACCCGGCUACGGUCCCCAAGGACCUGGGACCGAUCCCUCAGCUUAAUUUGGCUGCUCUGGGCAUUGUGUCCACCACUGUGAGUGAUGGUCCGGGUAAGAUCUUCAUCGGCGGCCUGCCGUAUCAUCUCAAUGAGGAACAAGUGAAGGAGCUGCUGCAAGCGUUCGGUCCGCUGCGAUCGUUCCACCUUGUCAAGGAGCUUAGCUCUAAUCUGUCGAAGGGCUAUGGAUUCUGCGAGUACAUGGACAUCAACGUGACGGAUGCUGCGUGUAUUGGACUGAACGACAUGCAACUUGGUGACAAGACGCUUACUGUUCGUCGAGCGAUGUCGCAGGAGAACGCCAAGGCUGUCGCUAGCGCUGCAGGUACAGUGAACACGGGCUUGGAAAUGGGACUGGACCCGUCUCUUGCUGCGAUGCAGGCGAUGAGUAUGGCAGGGAUCCCGAGCGUGCCGCUCGGUACGCCUUCCCGUGUGAUUGUCCUGCUCAACAUGGUGACACCAGAGGAGCUUGAGGAUGAGGAAGAGUAUGCUGACAUUUUAGACGACAUCAAGGGCGAGUGUGAGCGCUUCGGAGCCGUUCCGUCAUUGUUGCUACCGCGCCCGCGUGACGGGGUCCUCAGUGCUGUCGGUAAGGUCUUCGUUGAGUUUGCCGAUGUGCAAUCGGCCCAAGCUGCGGCCACGGAGCUUCAUGGUCGAGGCUUCUCGAACAGAACUGUGGCUGUCGAAUUCAUGGACGAGGGCAAAUAUGCGCGUCGGGAGAUUUCUUAGUCGUGUAUGUUGAAGGUGGUCCUAGUAAGGUUUUCUUCCUUUGUUGCAUGUGAAGCGAUGCGAAGGGUAAAUACGUGGGAAACCCUUGUUACCAUGGCCAACGUGGCGAAAUCGGCAUUUACAGAGACGUACGUACGUGCUGCAUGUACGUGCUUUUCACUGGGACCUCUUGCAUAUUACUUCGAUAAUAAAUGCGUGUGGCUUCUUUUA